GUGUGUGUAUAGUAGACUUACGUCAUCGAGCAAAUGGUGGCAACUGUGGCAAGUGGUAGCUGUCAGAAUCAACAUCAGAAACAUGAUAGCGUUCGAUGUGACUGUAAAUGUUGAAAAUCUUUUGUUCAUAGUGCAAACAAAUUCAUAAGUGAUAAUUCCGCCAAAUAGUGCAUCGAUGAGAAGUGAAUGUGCGAUGAAAAAUAAAGCUGUUACGCGCGAUGCGUUUCACAUGUUCCAAUAUUCAUUGUUAAAUUUGAUGAACACAUAUUUCGGGUGUGGAUCAUUUGUAUCAAAUUGACGUUAUACCGAUUGACAAGUGGUUGUGUCUGUUGAAUACUUGUUGCGUAUAGACUUUAGUAACUAUCGCAAUACAUUAUGUUCGCCACUCUGAAGAAUAAGAUACGCGAGGAGAUAGGCAGUGACGUGUCUACCGUCAUCAAAAAUGCUGGAAGUAUACGCGGCAUUAAUUCUAAACAUGUGUCCCAGAUAGGUUCUACAAGUAGUAUUAGUGGUUCUCAAGUAUCAUUAGAUGGAUUGAAAGAAGAAAAUGCAUCAUCCCCUUUACCACCUAUUUCACCGAAAAGAGAGAACAGUUUUGAACUCAAACUCAAUGACGGAAUGCAAUUAUCUGUAAAAGAUAUAAAAAAGUUUGAAAAUAGGGAAGACGAAUGGAGAAAGCGUUUAGCAAAGAAGGAGGCAGAGAUAUUGAAACGGAUGGAGAAAAAAGAGGAAGAAUGGAAAGUUAGACUUUUUGAAAAGGAAAAAGAAUGGAAAAAAGUUGUAGAAAAACAGGAGAAAGAAAAACGACGAUUAGAAGAAGAGAUAAAAAAAAUAGAAGUGGCAAAACAAUCGUUGGAACAUGCUCUUAAAAAUGCAGAAGUUGUUGGCUAAAGAGCAAGAAGUAGAAGAAAAAACACAUCAUUUAAAAGCUGCUACAGCAGAAAUAGAAAAUUUGAAGACAGAAGUUUCCCGUCUUAGACGAUAUGAAGAUGAGUUAAACAAUGUACAAGUAAGUAGAUUGGUAAAAGCUUCUUAAUUGUUUAAAUUUAUUUUUAAUGAAUCAUUUAUUUAAAUGGUUUCUCGAUUUUUUCUAUAUACAGAGUGUUCGGUUUACGAUUUCUAGGGAAGCGGCGUGGCAGUGGAAGGGACGCUCUAU